AGCUUCCGGGGUCUGUAGCUGGAGCGCCGGAGGAAGAGCAGGAUCAGCUGAACUGCAGAAGAAAUGAAAAUAUUCUCCUAAAAUUCAUCACCAACAAAAAGGAUAUUUAUCAAAGAGCAGUGUUAAACUGCUGAAAGAGGUGUAGCACAAGCCAUCCUGAAGAAUCUCCAGAACACGCAGAAAUUGUUUGAUACAUAUAACAGACAAAUGAAGCCAAGUCCCGACAUGGAGAAACAUCAGCACUCUGUCAAGAGUUUUACUAAACAGAGUAAUCUCAAAAAACACCAGCGCAUUCACACAGGAGAGAACCCGUAUCAGUGCUCAGAUUGUGGGAAGAGUUUUACUAAACAGAGUAAUCUAAAAAAACACCAGCACAUUCACACAGGAGAGAAACCGUAUCAUUGCUCAGACUGUGGGAAGAGUUUUAAUCAAGGCGGUCAUCUCCAACACCACCAGCGCAUUCACACAGGAGAGAAACCGUAUCACUGCUCAGACUGUGGGAAGAGAUUUAUUGAACAGAGUACUCUCAAACGACACCAGCGCAUUCACACAGGAGAGAAACCGUAUUACUGCACAGACUGUGGGAAGAGUUUUAAUAGACUGGAGACUCUAAAACUGCAUCAGCGCAUUCACACAGGAGAGAAACCGUAUCACUGCUCCAAGUGUGGGACGAGUUUUACUGUACAGAGUAAUCUCAAAAUACUCCAGCGCAUUCACACAGGAGAGAAACCGUAUUACUGCUCAGACUGUGGUAUGAGUUUUACUCAACAGAGUCAACUAAAACUGCACCAGCGCAUUCACACAGGAGAGAAACCGUAUUACUGCUCAGACUGUGGGAAAAGUUUUAAUCAACAGAGUACUUUCCAAAUACAUCAGCGCAUUCACACAGGAGAGAAACCGUAUUACUGCUCAGACUGUGGGAGGAAUUUUAAUCAUCAGAGUAAUCUCAAAAACCACCAGCGCAUUCACACAGGAGAGAAACCGCAUCAUUGCUCAGACUGUGGGAAGAGUUUUACUACCCAGAGUACUCUCAAAAAACACCAGCGCAUUCACACAGGGGAGAAACCAUAUUACUGCUCAGACUGUGGGAAGUGUUUUACUACCCAGAGUACUCUCAAAAAACACCAGCGCAUUCACACAGGAGAGAAACCGUAUCACUGCUCAGACUGUGGGAAGAGUUUUACUUCACAGAGUGAUCAUCUCAAAAAACACCAGCGCAUUCACACAGGAGAGAAACCACAUCACUGCUCAGACUGUGGGAAGAGUUUUAAUCAAGAGAGUGAUCUCAAAAAACACCAGCGCAUUCACACAGGAGAGAAACCACAUCACUGCUCAGACUGUGGGAAGAGUUUUACUGAACAGAGUACUCUCAAAAAACACCAGCGCAUUCACACAGGAGAGAAACCGUAUCACUGCUCAGACUGUGGGAAGAGUUUUACUCAACAGAGUACUCUCAAAAAACACCAGCGCAUUCACACAGGAGAUAAACCGUAUCACUGCUCAGACUGUGGGAAGAGUUUUAAUCAACAGAGUACUCUCAAACUGCAUCAGCGCAUUCACACAGGAGAGAAACCGUAUUACUGUUUCGACUGUGGGAAGAGUUUUACUCAACAGAGUCAUCUCAAACUGCACCAGCGCAUUCACACAGGAGAGAAACCGUAUCACUGCUCAGACUGUGGGAAGAGUUUUACUAAACAGAGUGAUCUCAAAAAUCACCAGCGCAUUCACACAGGAGAGAAACCGUAUCACUGCUCAGACUGUGGGAAGAGUUUUAAUCAACAGAGUAAUCUCAAAAUACACCAGCGCAUUCACACAGGAGAGAAACCGUAUCACUGCUCAGACUGUGGGAAGAGUUUUAAUCAACAGAGUCAUCUCAAACUGCACCAGCGCAUUCACACAGGAGAGAAACCGUAUCACUGCUCAGACUGUGGGAAGAGUUUUACUAAACAGAGUGAUCUCAAAAUACACCAGCGCAUUCACACAGGAGAGAAACCGUAUCACUGCUCAGACUGUGGGAAGAGUUUUACUUUACAGAGUGAACUUAUAUUACAUCAGUGCAUUCACAAAAGAUAGAAAAGUAUCCCAAAUCUGUUCCUCUGCCAUAAAAAUGCAAACCUUAAAUCUUUCAGACAGCCAAAAACACCUCAUCAUGCACAAAAUCUUCACUCUGUUACAAGAACUUCAUUUAAAAAUGGCUUUUUACAGGUUCAGAAAAAUGAAUCUUAUCCAGAGAUGAUGUUUACUGAAUUUCAUGCUGUGUUUUUAUGUUUGUUUGUAUACCUACAUUAGUUAAUGCCUGCAGAGCUCUUCAACACUUAGUGUUGUGUUUUAAGAAGUUUUUACACACAGAAUCAUAAAUGGUACCACUAACAGCAUAAACUAGGAACAUACAUUUUUACAAUUUUUUCAGUGAUAUGCUGAAUAAAUAGUAAAGCGAUGAUGCUAGCUCAGAGUAAAAUCGUAUAUUAAAUCUCAGCAUUAGCUUUAGAACUAAUAAUAAACAAAAGUGAGGAUUUUAUCAUUCUGGGACAUUUUUAGGUUUAAAAAUUGAAUAUGCUUUGCCAUAAGUAGGAAAUGAUCAUUUGGUCAACUUAUGUCAUUUACAGCCUUAACACAUUCUCAAUUGUUUACAUAUAAAAACUUUCUUUAUUUUUUCCUCCACUCCACGUUUGUAGUUUGUAGUUGGAGCGAGGGCACUGCCAGUGUUUGCUCCAGAUGUUAGAUUAGCAUUACUUAGUCUUUUAAAAUUUAGAUGUCGUAGUUUAAAGGAGUAGAGUAUUCUUAGGAGUAGAGAAUAUUCUUAGCUUGCAACAAAAGGCCAACAAAAUCCUUUUCAGAGUUAAAAAAAAAAAAAAACGGUCUAGCUGUAGUUUCCAUACUGAAAGCAACACUCAGCAGGCUAUGCAGCAGUAAGACUGCAGGAUCCUUGAUUCCCUCUACUGCACUGCAAAUGUGGCCACAUCCAAGCGAGAGCUUGUAAGAUCUUAGUGUCUAAUAAAUAGGUCAGAAGCGUUCUUUGACCAAAAACUACAUUUCCCACAAUGCUUGUCGAUUGUAUUGCCUGCGAAGUUACGGCUUACUGCCACUACACGGCAGUGUAGUCAUUGAUGUGGAAACCCUGCCGGAGGGAAGGUGUAACUUCGCGGGUGGAAUUGAGACAUACAAACGUUUAUCCCAUAAUGUCCAGAAAAAGAGAAGCUGAUGCAGACGGACGGCUGUGCUUCAAGGCGAAAGACCGGUAUGCCUUUUGUGUUACGAAGAGUGUUACUGACCAAAAUAAACGCUUGUUAGGAGAGAUAUAAGUUCUGUGUAAAUAUUUAUAAGACAAUAGCUGACAAAAUCUGUUUUAAUGACGUUAAUAAACAUCACUGUGACAGUGCUAGUCACAGUUUCACCGCAGCAAAGGACGAGGACGUGAAUCACUUAUCUAACCAGCCUUUAGUGAUUUCUGCCCCCAAUAACCCUUUCAAUAACCUCCAAUAACCUUUAAUUAGUCUUCAGUAGCCUUCAACAGUCUAACCUUGCAGCCGUGGUGUGUUCACUAAACUCCGUAGUUAUAAACAUCCUGAGGUUAGCAGCGCGCUAACUGACCUGUUUAUAAUGUAAUCCGAGCAGUGACUCUGUGACUCUGCUCUAAACUGCUGCUGUUAGCUGCUUGGGCUGAAAGAUGAACUGUAGAGAGCUGUAUUAUUCGGUUAGUGGGGUUAAAAUCUUUAUUUUCUACACAGAAGAAUUUUAAAAACUGUAAAAACGCUCCAGACUGCCUCAGCUGAGCCCUGUAGCCCGUGGCUGGGCUGUAGCUCUGACUGAGUAAAGACUGCGGGCUUGUGCUGCUGCUGCAGCUCCGACUAGUGGUUGUAUGAGGAACUGCUAAAUCUGAGGAACUGCUAAAUCUGUCACAUGUUCUUAACAGCUCACAAUUUUUAAUUUUAUAUUUAUUAAGCCUUAUUUCAGUAUCAAACGUUUUGAUCAAAGUUAAUUUAACUUGUAUUUAAUGUCAUUUCUAUUCACUUGACUAGUUUGGUUCUUGAUUGAUGGAGUUUUUGGAUUUCAUAACAUGACAAAUUAAAAGGAUUUAUGUUAAUAGAGCAACAAGCAAACAUUUUUUUCCAUGCAACUGUAAUAUUUGAUUGAAUAAAUAGUAUAUUGAGAGUUAUUUAACAUUAAGGAGUAAUUACAUUCAUUUUAUAUUACAUUUGGUUACAUUUUAUUACAUUUAUAAGUUACAUCUGGCCCUCAGUGGACAGCCAAUAUGCCAAUGUGGCCCUCGGCAAAAAUGAGUUUGACACCCCUGCUCUACUGGUUUUCUCAUUGGUCUAUGGUUCAGUCAGUCUGAUUAAAAAUCUGCAAGUUAAUCUACAGGGAUAUUUGGUUGUGUUGUGUUGCUAAAGUUAUAUACUCUGUUAUCUUUUCCUUAUUUGGUAUCGUUUUGCUAAAGGUUUUUUUUUAUAUCUCUAAAGGUACUAAAAAUAUCUAAUCCAUUUACUUUAUUGAUUGUUUUAUCCAGUACCAGCUAUUAUCGUUGUUUUACAUCACCUUAUGUAUUUACUCAUAUUCAUAUCUAUGUGAUUCAAUAAAAGGCUUUUAUAUUGCAAGAUCUGCAAUCUUAUCUAUUCUUUCAACUUAAGCAUUUAGCCAAAAGCUUUUGUACACAGCCAAACAUACAUUCAAGCAACCACUAUAUACAGUGCCUUGCAAAAGUAUUCGGCCCCCCCUUGAACUUUUCAAACUUUUGCCACAUUUUGGGCAAACAUAAAUAUAUGAUUUUUUUGUUUGUUUUUUGUGAAGAAUUAACAAGUGUGUAAGAAUACGGAGGAGUUUUGCCUUACUAUGUUCAUUGUUCAUUGAUUAAAGGGUUAAUCUGUGUGUAACUAAAUCAGCAUUUCACUUAAUCAGUAUGUUAUUCAAGCAUUUAGCACGAUUCAUGAUGAUUCACAUUGUGACUUAGAAUGUAUGUAUAUUGUGUCCUUGUGCUCAAAGCAAGGCCGUUUUUCUUGCAACUUAGCAUGAUUGAUUUUUUCCAGCAGAACCAUGAGUUUCUGUACAUGUAAUCUAUAGUCUGAUAAGGUUGGGGUGACCGAGUUCUCGGCUGAAGUAUAGGAUGAAUAACUGCUUAUCAGUAUCAGGAUCCGGGGGGUGUGAGGAGCCUCCUCACACACCAUUAGACUGAGGCCAGGCGAAUGCCUGUAUUUAUUAGACUCUGUCUAGGAAGAAGAGUAGAGUUGGGCGGGAGAGCUUCUCCCGAGAGGGACUACAGAGCCACAGGUCCUGUUCACACAGCCGAGAACUCUGGAAACCCCAACUUUUCUCACCUUUGGGGUUUUCCUCUUAUUUUCACCUUUUUAUUUCAAUUCAAUUUUUCAAUAAUCUUUUUACUCAAUUUUUGAUGUAUCCAAAAAAACUGUUUUGCUCAGAAGAUUCUUUGAAUAAAAUCUGACGGAACUACAA